AUGCUGCUAGAUGAUCAUAUUCCUAACUUAUCAAAGGCUGAUGAAGAUGAUUUGGUGUUAGAUCAUAUGGAUAAUGAAACCCUGAAGAGGUUGGAUGUAUACAGAGGGGUUGAAAAGGGUAAAGAGCCUAAGUUGAGAAGGAAGUUUGUUGCUAUUGAGAAAUCAGAUUAUCAAGCUCCAGGAGAUGAUAAAUGGAGGCAUGAUAAUAGUGAUUCUGGAACUGAAACAGAGAAAAUGAAGUUGUUUAAACAUAAGAAGACUAAGUGGUGGGUGAAACUUGAUGAAAAGAAGAAAAAGAAAACCCUAGCUCCACAAACUCCAAAGGCUACAACACCAAAAGCAGCACCAAAGAGAGCUCCUAAGAAGAAGAAAUAUCCACCACAUUUGAUUGAUGAGCCUGAUGCUGGUGGCAAGAAAAGUGGUAAGAAUAUUGAAGCUGUUAAAGAGACGUUUGUUGAAGGUGAAGUGCAUACAAAUUCGAGCGAAACUGAAAGUAAUAUCGAUUUAACUCAGAUUGCACCAACAACAGCUGUUAGUGGCAAGAUCAGAAUAAAAGGGCCUUCUAGAAAGAAAAAGGAUUCUGAUGAAGAAGAUGCCACAUAUGUUCCUUCUGAAGCUAAAAAGAUUACUAAAGGCAAAGGAAAGAUGAAACGCAAAGCUCAACCUACGGGUGAAGUUUCAAGAAGGAGGAAAGUCAGGAAGAUUACAGCUAAGGUUGUGAAAGACACAUCUGGUAUUCCUGAACAGAUUCCUAAAGUUGAAAGGGUGAAAAUGUUGAAAUGGAGGUUCUAG